AUAAUGCACACUGUUAGUAAGACAUGUGAGCAGUGACUGAAAAACUACCUUCAUAUUUGUGUAAAUGUAUUUUUUUUUCUUUUUAUAAUUAACAUUAAAAAAAGGAGUACCUGGGAAACUGAAUGUUCCAUAAUAAAUUUGCAUGAUUUAGCUACAAGUGUUCCGACACUCCUUGGACAACUACACAAAAGACACAUUAACUUCUUUAGAAAUUCUACAUUCACCUAAGCAAUGUGAUAAUAUUUAAUCAUCGACAAGGAUGCAGCGUUAGUCAGUCCGCCCUCUUAUCGGACACACCUCCACAAAGGGAUGAUAAAGUACCACAGAAUCUCCUUCAAAUUGGAAACUGCAUUGAUGAGAGAUCACCUGCCCUGUCGCCUGUGAGCAAAGAGAUGACUUACACAAAGCUCCAGAAAAGGUGGAUUUCUUUGUGGACCACCUUUCUCAGCCUGACUUGUUUGUUCCUUUCCUUUGUUUUUUGGGAAACCACCAUUAAUAGAAGUUCGCCCUCUCAAUUUCAUAUCCCGGAGCAGUUUUCCGUUGACCUACCUGCCUGUUUAGCCAUCAUCACUGGAGACGUAGAGGGCACCAAGGCUGAAGUAGAAGAGCUUCUAGCGUCCAGGACUAAGAAAACAACUCUUUCUGAGGAUUUCUACAUUAAUGCAACAAAGGAUUGUGCAGCUUAUAUUGAGAACAGAGGCUUCGUUACAGUGCCUUUAAGUGAGGAGGAGCUAAAUUUUCCCAUUGCAUACUCCAUGGUGAUCCACAAGAAGAUAGAGAUGUUUGAACGACUCCUACGAUCUAUUUAUGCUCCACAGAACAUCUACUGCAUCCAUAUUGACCAGAAGUCUUCCCUGUCUUUUCACAGGGCUGUGAAGGAAAUAGUUUCCUGCUUUCCCAAUGUUUUUGUAGCCAGUAAAUUAGAAAGUGUUGUGUAUGCUUCAUGGUCCAGAGUACAGGCUGAUCUGAACUGCAUGAAAGAUCUGCUGCACUCUGAAGUUCAGUGGAAAUACCUUCUGAAUACCUGUGGGACAGACUUUCCCAUCAAAACCAACAGGGAGAUGGUGAUGGCUCUGAAAGUCCUCAAUGGGAGGAACAGCAUGGAAACUGAAGUCACCAGUGUCUCCAAGAAAGGUCGCUGGCAGUACCACCACAAUGUCGCCAACGGCGUCAUCAGAACAGACAUGAGAAAAAGCCCGCCGCCCAUCAGCAGCCCAAUGUUCUCAGGAAGCGCAGCCUACUUUGUGGUCUCUAGGGCCUUUGUGAAAUACUUGAUGCAGAACGGAGAGGUUCAGAAAUUCAUGGAGUGGGAAAAAGACACAUACAGUCCAGACGAACACAUGUGGGCCACCCUGCAGAGGAUGUCCUCGGUUCCUGGAUCAAUGCCCCCAAACAGCAAAUAUGACACGUCGGACAUGAUGGCUCUUGCCCGAGCUGUCAAGUGGUCUUAUUUAACAGGAGACGUGAAAAAAGGAGCUCCGUACUAUCCAUGUAUGGGGACCUACAGGAGAGCCGUGUGUGUGUACGGCGCCGGCGACCUCCUGUGGCUCCUGAGACAGCAGCACCUCUUUGCAAAUAAGUUUGACCCAGAAGUCGAUGACAUUUCCAUCAGGUGUUUGGAGUCAGUUCUGCGCUUCAAAGCUUUGGGUCAUGACCCCCUGGGUUCUCUGCAAUAUCAAAACCUCUUGUAGAAUCCAAAAUGUAUAUAGUUCUCUUUUCACAUGGAGCAGGUGAAGUUUGAGAAGCUUCGUACUUUAAUUGCAAUAGAACAUCUGACAGGGCGAUGACCCCCCCCCGAGUAAACGUACAAGGUCGGCAUCAGUGAAAUGUCAAAAAUAAGAAGUGUUUUUUUUUUUAAUACUGGCUGUUAAAAUAACAUUUUCUUGCAGUUGUAAUGUUAUCUGUAAUGUGUUUGAUGUGCAAAUUUGUCUUUUUUGUAGGCAAAUAAAAUGCAUUUGCUUCCUGCUGCUAGCUUACUAGCAGUGCACAGGUGUACAUAUUUAUUUUA